AUGACUGCACACCGCUCGAGGUGGCGAUUGAGGCGCGCCAGUACGCCGCCGCCGUGUACCUUGAGGGUGUCUACAGCGAGCAUGUCGACGAGGACGAGGCCUGCGACGUCGACAACGGCGCGAUCGACACGGAGCUCCAGGCGCCAAGUGUGUUUCCGCCACCGCUUGAUCUCUUUAGCCUUCUCGGCGCUACUACUGCGGACGCCACGGACCACACCGACGACGAUGCGACGCUGUCGGCGGAAGAGCUCGACUUGGCGGGCAACGGGCUGCAGUCGCUCCUGCCGUCCAGCUACUUUUCCAAGAAGCGUCCGUGCGAGACGACUUUGCUCUUGCCGCCCAAGCGACUACGAGACGAUUCGUUCCUCUCACCGUCGACGCCGGUCGACCACGUCGCGUCGACGUUCUUGCGCCCGCCCGUCGCGUCGCCGCCGUCGCUACUGGACAAGCAGAUGCCACAAGCGGGCUUUUCGUGGCGCCGAAAGCAAGACGAAGUGUGGCGACACCCCGAGAACGACGAUGACGACAGCAGCGUGCUCUCGCAGACAACGGCAGCGUCAGUCGCAGAGCUCAUGCCCGCCCCCGAGACCGACCAUUCGAUCCACUCGCUCCUCGCGACGUUCGAAGCGGACGACCACUGACCAAAUCCGCAAUAACUUAACUUGUCAAUCAAUGUGUGGCGUCCUGUAA